ACCAAUAGAAGCACAGGGCAAAUACAGGACAUACACAAGAGAGAGGGAAAGACACAGAGAGAGACAGAGGACGACAGAAAGAAGCCAACUCAUAGACCAACAGCACAUCCAUCAAAUUAAAAAAAAAAAAAAAACAGAGGGGGAUUGUGAGGAAUGUCAGACUCUAUCCACAUCUAGGAAUACAAAGAGGAAAAUGGACGUGCUGAUUUUAAUAGAGACUUUUCCACUUUAAAGGAUUAUUUGAUUGAGUCAGAUCUCUGUAAAGAAGCAGCUCUGUCUCUACCUGCUUGCAGUGGCACAGCAUAACUGCUGAGCUGGACCUGUUGCGGAAAACGCAGGGCCGUAGGAGGGCACGCAUCAGGGGGAGAAGAGCUGCUGCCAGGUCAAGGAAGAGGCUUGAGCGCAGACUCCGUGGGGCGAUGAGGACGGCGAGGCGGGCGAGCAACGUGGAGGUACCCUCCUUCCUCCGUCAGCUGGUUAAAGAGACGGAGAAGAUGGUCACCUUCUUCUUCAAAGGGGGGAGCAGGGAGAAAGGCUCUGAGGAGGAGGAAGAUACAGAUGAGGACGACUUCAUGCCAAGCCCUUAUCUGGACCAUCCCAUACUGGAGAAGAACAUGACAGAGGGGGGCUCUGACUGGGGGGUGAACUACGCUGUGGCCAGCAUGCAGGGCUGGAGGGCUCAAAUGGAGGACGCACACACCUGCAUGCCCCAGCUGGGAGGAGAGCUGGCACAGUGGGGCUACUUUGCCGUGUUUGACGGACAUGCCGGCACCACAGUGGCACAGUACUGCUCCAAGAACCUGCUGGAUCAAAUCCUAUCUACAGGUGGCGUGAAAGCAGACGAGGACCCCGAGCAGGUGAAGGAGGCCAUCCGUCAAGGCUUCCUGGACAUCGAUCGCCACAUGCACAAAAGAGCUCGCCGGGACAGCUGGGAUCGCAGUGGCUCCACCGCCGCAGCCACCUUGCUUUCACCACGACACAUUUACUUCAUCAACUGCGGAGACUCCCGCACCUUUCUCUGCAGAAAUGGCCAGGUGGUCUUCUACACGGAGGACCACAAGCCGUCCAACCCCAGGGAGAAAGAGCGCAUCCAGAACGCCGGGGGCUCGGUGACUCUGCAUCGAAUCAACGGUUCUCUGGCUGUGUCCAGAGCCCUGGGGGACUUUGACUUCAAGGAGGUGGACUGGAGACCGCAGACGGAGCAGCUGGUGUCUCCAGAGCCAGAGGUGUUCGAGCUGGAGAGAACACCCGAGGAUGAGUUCCUGAUUUUGGCAUGUGAUGGUGUGUGGGAUGCCAUCGGCAAUGAGGAGCUGUGUGCCUUUGUGCGCAACCGUCUGCAGGUGUGUGAUGACCUGAGGGAGAUUUGUGCCCAGGUCAUUGACCUCUGCCUCUAUAAGGGAAGCCUGGAUAACAUCAGCAUCAUCAUUGUCUGCUUCCCUGGCGCCCCCCAGGUGUCACAAGAGGCACUGCAACAGGAGACAGCAUUAGAGCAACAAAUUGCUUCCAAAGUGGCAGAAAUCAUCAAGCUGAUGAGGUCCAGAGAUGAGGACCCUGAUCUCCUCUAUGUGAUGAAAUACCUCACCUCAGAGGAUAUCCCAGGCCUGCCACCAGGGGGCGGCGUCACUAGCAAGCGAGACUGUAUCAUCGCUGCUUAUCAGAAAUAUUUGCCUCUCAGAAGUCAUGAGCCUAUGGACAUUGAAGGACUGGAGGACUCCAACUGAACUGGUUCCCAAGGAAACAGAAUCAUCAGCUUCAUCGUCUCCAUGGUGACCUGCUCCAACAAGAGGCAGUACUUUUUAGAUGAGCUCUAACCUAAUGAUGAUCUCAUUCCUCAUGUGUAAUUUAUUUCCUUUGAAGCACUGCCACAUAACAUACCCUUAUGAGACUUUGGUUAAAGUGAA